AUGUCGUCCAAGUCGCCCGCCUCGUCACCCGCCCUGUCCCACUCGUCGACGGCAACCUUCGUCGUGGCCGACGAGGAGGCUGCCGUGGGCAAGCUGGCCCCCAUGUCGCCGCCCUCAAAGGGCCUGCAUCCGGUCCUGCACAUUGCCACCUGGAUCUUCUUUUCCAACAUUACCAUCCUCUUCAACAAAUGGAUACUCGACACUGCUGGCUUUAGAUACCCCGUCCUCCUCACCUGCUGGCACCUCGUCUUCUCCGCCAUGGCCACCCAGAUCCUCUCCCGCACCACCUCGCUCCUCGACUCGCGCCACCGCAUCCCGAUGACCCCCCGCCUCUACCUGCGCACCAUCUGCCCCAUCGGCCUCUUCUACUCGGGCUCCCUCGUCUGCUCAAACCUCGUCUAUCUCUACCUCUCCGUCGCCUUCAUCCAGAUGCUCAAGUCGGCUGCCCCCGUCGCUGUCCUCUUCGCCUCGUGGGCCUGGGGCGUCGCAGACCCCAGCCUGGCCUCCUUUCUCAACAUUCUCGUCAUCGUCGCCGGCGUCGCCCUCGCCUCCUUUGGCGAGAUUCAGUUUUCCCUCAUCGGCUUUCUGUAUCAGAUUGGCGGCAUCGCCUUUGAGGCCGUCAGGAUCGUCAUGAUUCAGGUCAUGUUGAGUGUCGAGGGGCUCAGGAUGGAUCCCCUCGUUGGCCUCUACUACUAUGCCCCCGUCUGCGCCGCCAUGAACCUCCUCGUCGCCCUCUUUACCGAGAUUCCCCGCUUCCACUGGGACGACUUGACCCGCGUCGGCUUUGGCCUUCUCUUUGUCAACGCCCUCGUUGCGUUUUUGCUCAACAUCGCCAGCGUCUUUUUGAUCGGCAAAACGUCCGGCCUCGUCAUGACCCUCACCGGCAUCUUCAAAAACAUCCUUCUCAUUGUCGUCUCCAUCGUUAUCUGGCAGACGGAAAUCACCCUCCUCCAGGGCGUCGGCUACACCAUUGCCCUCGCCGGUCUCACCUACUAUUCGGUCGGCCACGACCAGCUCGCCCGCUCCGCCCACGCCGCUCUCGCUUACGCCGCCGCCGCCGUCAGCCCCUCAUCCUCGUCCGCCCUGCAGGUCCGCAGGAUCGUGCUCCUCGCCAUCUUUGCCCUGAGCAGCUUGCUCGUCAUCAUGCUGACUAUGCGGCGCUACGACGCCAGGACUGUCUAUUCGCCUCCUACGGUUAUUGGGACCGAGUGA